AUGACGAGCUCUGGCAAUGACCACUUCUAUGGAGAGAAAGGAAUGCCCCCACACAUGAUGGAUGAGACUCCCAUGGCUCGAGGAGUUCGUACCCACUCUCGUGAUGACGAGGAAGCCGUUCGACGAGGCUCUCGUAAACAUUCGGUCGUUGCCUCUCUCAAAGCGAACUAUGGACUUGCCGAUGCGCAAUAUGAUGAGAGUAUAAAAACAGGAUACGAUAAUACCCAUCGGAAACUUAAGCCACGUCAUAUUCAGCUGAUUGGCAUCGGUGGUACCAUUGGUACCGCGCUUUAUGUACAGAUUGGUCGUGGUCUCUUGAAUGGCGGCCCCGGCAGCUUGUUCCUGGCUUUCACCAUCUGGUGCACCUUCAUUCUCUGCGUUACCAAUUGCAUGGCUGAAAUGGUCACAUAUCUCCCGAUUUCAUCACCAUUCAUCCGGUUCGCUGGUCGCUACGUUGAUGAUGCUUUUGGAGUUGCUGCCGGCUACAACUUUUUCAUUUUCGAGGCUAUGUUGGUACCGUUCGAAAUCGUUGCUUGCAACGUCAUCAUCCACUUCUGGAGCGAUGUUGUUCCCGCUGGAGGCAUCAUUGCAAUAUGUAUCGUUUCAUACGCCGCAAUCAACCUUUUCGCCGUGAAAUGGUAUGGAGAAUCCGAAUUCUGGCUAGCUCUGGGGAAAAUGCUUCUGAUUAUCGGAUUGAUCAUCUACACUUUCAUCGUCAUGCUUGGAGGUAAUCCUUUACAUGAUCGAUUUGGCUUUCGGUAUUGGAAAAACCCUGGGUCAUUUACCGAGCUAUGGUAUGAAGGUUCAACAGGCAGAUUCGUGGGCUUCUUGCAAUGCCUGAUUCAAGCCUCCUUCACAAUUGCUGGCCCUGACUACGUCUCGAUGGCAGCAGGUGAGGCAGAAAACCCGCGCCAGGUUCUGCCUCGUGCAUACAAAGCCGUAGUCUACCGUCUUACCGCAUUCUUCGUCCUGGGAUCAUUGUGUGUGGGAAUCCUCGUGCCUUAUAACGACCCAGAAUUGAAGGCUGCCUUUAAUGAUGGCAAACCUGGUGCUGCAGCUUCUCCUUAUGUGGUCUCAAUGAAUCGCCUCCGCAUCAGUGUCCUACCUCACAUUGUCAAUGCAAUGGUCCUUGGAAGCGCGUUCUCCGCCGGUAACAGCUACAUGUAUUGUGCUAGCCGAAGUUUGUUUGGCCUUGCCCUUGAGGGCAAAGCACCGAAGAUUUUCAGGCGUUGCACGAGAAAUGGUGUGCCCAUUUACUGUGUCGCCCUGGUGUUGCUUAUCAGUCUGUUGAGCUUUUUGCAAGUCAGCAACAGCUCAGCAGUCGUCCUCGGCUGGUUCGUGAACUUGGUGACUGCAUCUCAACUCAUCAACUUCUCUGUGAUGUCAUUUACCUACCUCAAGUUCAAGAAAGCUCUAGAAGUUCAGGGUAUUGACCGAAAUACGCUACCUUACACAGCUUGGUUGCAGCCAUACGCUGCCUAUUAUGCUCUGACCGGCACGUUCAUCAUGACCUUCGUUGGAGGCUACUCCGUCUUCCUUCCAGGCUUUUGGGACAUCCCCACAUUUUUGUUCAGCUACACCAUGAUAGGAGUUUUCCCGAUCUUGUUCUUUGGCUGGAAAUUCAUCAAGAAGACCAAGUGGCUGAAACCCGAAGAGGUCGACCUCACCAAAGAUAUGGACGAGUUGGCCGAAUAUGAGCGUAAUUACAUGCCGAGACCGCCUAGGAACACUUUCAUGAAGUAUUUCGACAAGGCUUUCAGUUAA